UAUCUUUUUUCUUCUAAAACAAUAAAAAUAAUUUUUUCAAUUUUUACUUAUUCCGGAAAUAUCAGUCCAUGGGGAGCCCAGUCACAACAAUUUCGGACUGACAAGUCCGCAAUUUUUGCAUGUCUGACAGUAUGUACAUUAACUAUUUAUGUAUUAAAAAUUGUGUAUUUAUAUUAUUUUGUAGAGAUAGAGAUCAUGAAAUGGAAAAAAAUUAAAAUACUUUUAACGAAAGAAGUUAUUAAAUGGCGACAAACUCCACAAUCAUCAAUAGUAAAAGAAAUACGACGACGAGAAUUAUUAAAAUUAUAUUUAUUAUAUAGAAGAAUAAAGAAGAGAGAAGAAAAGAAAAUUCAAAAGAGAUUCUGGGUCCGUCCUAUAUUUACCGUAAGACAAAGAUUGUUGCAAGGUGCAAGUAAUAAUCUUAUUAAAGAAAUGGAAAAUUCUGAUCUAGAAAAAUUUAUGGAAUAUUUAAGAAUGGAUACACCUACAUUUAAUGAGUUAUUAAAUCUAAUCAAACCACAUAUUGAAAAACAACGUGCAGUAAGAGAACCGAUUCCUGCAGCAACUCGUCUGCAAAUAUGUUUACGAUAUUUGGCAUCAGGAGAUACAAUGCCUUCAAUUUCAUUUGCAUUUAGAGUGGGAUUAAAUACUGUCUCUAAAAUUGUUAGUGAAACAUGCACUGCUAUUUGGAAUGUUUUAAGUAACCAAGUUUUCCCAGAAAUUACUGAAAAUUUCUGGAAAGAAAAAGCAGAAGAAUUUGAAACACUAUGGAAUUUUCCACACUGCAUUGGAGCUAUUGAUGGAAAACAUAUCGAACUUCAGGCUCCACCUCAUAGUGGUUCUACUUUUUAUAAUUACAAAGGCACUCAUAGUAUAGUCCUAUUAGCAUUAGCGGAUGCUAAUUGUCGUUUCACUAUUGUUGAUAUUGGAGCAGAAGGAAGACGCAGUGAUGGCGGUAUUUUUCAAGAAAGUGAGCUUGGAUAUCGAUUAGAGAAUAAUGAUCUUAAUCUGCCGAAACCAAAGUCAAUAAUAGAAAAUGGACCUAAAUUACCAUUUGUCAUAGUUGGUGAUGAAGCAUUUGCCUUGACUUCUUAUAUGCUACGACCGUAUCCUCGAGCAAGUAAUUUAAAUUUAGAAAAGAAAGUGUUUAAUUAUAGACUUAGUCGGGCUCGAAGAAUAAUCGAAUGUUCUUUCGGAAUUUUAUCGGCAAGAUGGCGAAUUUUUCGAAGACCAUUGGCAGUUACCGUAGAAAAUGCAAUUUCUUUAGUCCAAGCAACAAUUUGCUUACACAACUUUCUAAUGGAAAAAGAUUUAAACGUUCCUUUAGAACAGAGACAAUAUGCUAAUAUUGACUUAGAGAACAUAAAUAAUUUUGAUCAAAUAUUAGGUUCUAAUAUAAAUAAUAAUACACUUUCACGAGGUGGACAAAUUCGAAAUGCAUUUACUGAAUACUUCUGUACUGAAGGAGCUGUCGAACAGCAGUGGGAUAAAGCAUAUAAUAAUGACUUUUAAUAUUGUAAAACUAUUGAAUUUUAAUAUUAAAAGGAAAAUUUGCUGACAUUAA